GGUUGCAAUUCGACAAUACACAGUUAAAGAAGAAGAAGAAGUGGUUAGCAAGAGAAAGAUAUCUGGCUAGCGUUGGACAUAUCGGUAACACUUGAAGUUGAUCAAUCAUGUCAGUGAAAUCGUGUUGUAUUUACAGUACGGGAGUGAUUUCUAUUCUAACUUUAAUAGCAGGCAUAGUUCUGGUGCUUUCGCAGGUGUUUCAAAAUAUCGUCAACGCGAAGAUAAAAAAGGAGAUUGUGCUCAGGAAUGGCACACAUGCAUUUGAUGUGUGGGAAAACCCACCUCCUCCAGUCUACAUGCAGUUCUACUUCUUUAACGUGACCAACCCGGCAGAGGUACUGAAGGGAGAGCGGCCUGCUGUUCUCGAGGUCGGACCUUACACGUACAGGGAGUUUCGUCCAAUGGAGCGAGUGAAUUUCCUGGAGAAUGGAACCAAAGUGUCAGCUGUCAACACUAAGACCUAUGUGUUUCAGUCUGACAUGUCCAAAGGACCAGAGAGUGACCUGAUCAGAACAGUCAACAUCCCAGCUAUGACGGUGAUGGAAAAAUUUAAGGAUACGUCAUUUAUUGCCAAUAUCAUCUCAUCUUACAUGAAGUCGGUGAAUGAAGACCUGUUCACUACACAAACUGUGGGAGAACUGCUUUGGGGCUACAAGGAUGGCCUUCUCAAAGCUCUGAAAGUAGUGGACCCUACAUUAGAUGAUGUGUUUGGACUCUUCUACAAGCAAAAUGCUACAGAUGACGGAGAGUAUGUGUUUCUGACCGGUCAGCAGAGUUAUAAGGACUUUGCCGUUAUAGAUCAGUGGAAGGGUCAAAACUCUCUGAAUUGGUGGACCACAGAUGAGUGUAACAUGAUCAAUGGGACCAAUGGGGCCUCCUUUCAUCCAAUCAUCACCAAGAACGAGACCCUCUACAUGUUUUCCUCUGAUCUCUGCAGAUCUAUCUAUGCCAUCUAUGAGGAGGAGAGCAGUGUGAUGGGCGUCCCAGGCUACAGGUUCUCUCCACCCAGCAAGGUAUUUGCCAACACAACAGAGAACGCUGGUUUCUGUUCCCCACCAGGGAACUGUCUGGGCUCUGGCGUGCUCCAAGUCAGUGCCUGCAAACAAGAUGCUCCGAUCGUCAUGUCUUCUCCACACUUCUACCAGGCAGAUGAGAAGUUUGUCAAAGACAUCUUCGGGAUGAAACCAAACAAGGAGCAACACGAAACCAUCAUAGAUAUCAACCCGCUUACAGGCAUCGUACUUCAGGCUGCUAAGAGACUUCAAGUGAAUGUGUUCGUGGAGAAGAUUCCUGUGUUUAGCCAAACAGGUGAUAUCAGGACUCUGGUGUUUCCUGUACUCUAUCUCAAUGAGAGUGUUGUGAUCGAUGAGGUAUCGGCCAAACAGCUGCAGGUGAUCGUGGCGGAGGGCAACGUAGUGGUCAACAUACCCUUUAUGCUGAUUGGCUUAGGCAUCCUCCUGGGCGUGAUUUUCAUGGUGGCCCAGUGUCGUCAACGGAUCCCAGAGAGCUCUUCUGCCGAACGCCAGCCCCUUCUGAAGUCCUAGUCCCUCAAGGAGUAGAAUUCGCUCCACCGGAAGUGGUAUCCUGGGAGGACAGGAUUAGGAUUGCCAUCCAUGUUUUGUUAACAAUAUCAAGGGUUCUGACUGUGUACUAUCUCCACUUUACCAGAUUUAAUCAGCUUCUACCCUGUUAACCAUAACCUCACUAUUGACUCUACUGUAAGGCUAGAUCAGGAACCAGAUUGAGAAUGUUUUUUAAUCUUUGAAAAUGAAUAGUUAAAAUAAUUUCUAAAGUCUGACUUUUUAAUCUGUUUUUUAUUUUUAUCCAAAAUGGUUUGUUUUUUAACAUGAGUUACACGGAAGCUGACUGUACAUUUUAUUUAAGAUUUUUUUCUUGCUUUUAAAUGUUGUGUUUUAGGGUCACCCAGAGAGAUGGAACACUGAUAGUAGGGAAUGGGAGAGGAUAGAAGCUCGGGCAGAUUGCCAAGAUCAUGUCAGCCAUUGAGAGGCUGUUGAAAAGAAUUGCAAUAUUAUUAUAAUCUAUCGCUGUCAUUAUUAGGAUUCGGAAUGUUGUAAAACUUCAAUUAAUAGCCUGGGUGUUUAUUUGUUUAAAUCACUUAACACAACAGAUGUAUAUUAGAGACAGGCUUCUAUUUGAGCCAGGCGUCUAUUUCCUUAAUGCACACAACUUUUGUUAAUUUCCAUAGUUAAUUGUUUAAUUCCAGAAUUCACUUCCAGCAUUCUAAUCAUUUACAUAUUGUCAAGUUUAUUUUCUGUUAGUAUGCCUUUUAUUUAGAAAAAAAAAAUGUUUCCUUGACAGAAUAAUGAUUCUCUUCUUUGACUGUGCAUUUUCGGAAGUUCUUACUUUCACCACUAACUAGAGGGCGAUCUGACCGGGGGUCUGUACUCCCGAAGUUGUUGACUGUUUUUGUGCUUGCCAGUUAGUUAGCCGUUCUCAGCUGUUAGCAGCCAAAUGCUAGAGGUUUCUUAAUGCCCGAUUAAAAACGGAUGAUUGCUAUAAUUUGAGUCGUUACCGAAUUGUUUAAUGUAACAAGUCAAACCUCGUAAACAAUUAAUGUCAACCUCGUAAAAUAAUUAAUUUAGAGCCCAGGCGUUUAUUUGCUGAAAUAUGUGCCGUCGCCUGGCUAUUAAAAGGGACAGGUGGCUAUUUGAGACUUUUAAUUGAAGUUUUACAGUAUCAAAACAUCCCCCAUUUGGACUGCUGGCGUUAGCGCAGGGAAGUUGUUCUUAUAUUACACACCCCGGUGACAUUGUCACUUUUAUAUAUGUUUUUAUACUGCUUGUCGGCCUAUGAGGAAGGAUCUGUCUGGUCGGCCUAUGAGGAAUGAUCUGUCUGGUCGGCCUAUGAGGACUGAUCUGUCUGGUCGGCCUAUGAGGACUGAUCUGUCUGGUCGGCCUAUGAGGAAUGAGCUGUCUGGUCGGCCUAUGAGGAAUGAUCUGUCUGGUCGGCCUAUGAGGACUGAUCUGUCUGGUCGGCCUAUGAGGACUGAUCUGUCUGGUCGGCCUAUGAGGAAUGAGCUGUCUGGUCGGCCUAUGAGGACUGAUCUGUCUGGUCGGCCUAUGAGGAAUGAGCUGUCUGGUCGGCCUAUGAGGACUGAUCUGUCUGGUCGGCCUAUGAGGAAUGAUCUGUCUGGUCGGCCUAUGAGGAAUGAUCUGUCUGGUCGGCCUAUGAGGAAUGAUCUGUCUGGUCGGCCUAUGAGGAAUGAUCUGUCUGGUCGGCCUAUGAGGAAUGAGCUGUCUGGUCGGCCUAUGAGGAAUGAUCUGUCUGGUCGGCCUAUGAGGAAUGAUCUGUCUGGUUUGUGUGAAAUAAGAGCUACAGGGUACGGGUCAAUUCCAUUUAAAUUCAGGUGGUUAACUGACAUUUAAAAAAAAUCCUGGAUUGACUGAAUUGAAAUGGAAUUGAACCGAACACCUGAUGAGGUCAUACUACAUUAAUUUAAAAUGUUUUUCACCACUUCUGAUUAUAACUACAUACCUACAUACGUAUAAGGGGGAUGUUAACAUUUUAUCAAACAGAUCAGUGAAUCUGUACAUACAUUAGGAAAUGUAUUUAGUCAGCAGGCAUUGGAAUCCACUGUUAAAUAUAUCAUUUGCUAAUUGAUACCGUGUCAAAACAGUACUAAGUAAGAGUAUAGACGCAUGAGAAAAUACUGGAUAUUUGCAUGGCAACAAUGUUCUGCUGGCUGGGCUUGUGAUCACUGAGAGAAGUGGCAAGUCAUAUACUGAUAUUCCUGCUUCCGGAAAUCUGCAUUUUAAAACGUCGUUUCCAAUUUCUUUAUUUUUGUGAUGAACCAGUUUCACAACGGACAGGCAUGUGUAUACUUGUCUAUUUUAGCGUGAUAAAAGAGUAUCGGUAACAUUCAACUAGCAAUCUACUAACCCUAAACUUUAUCCUAACCCUAAACUCUUAGUCUAAACCUAGUUAGUUAACACUAACCUUAGCAAACAGUUAUAACCUUAGCAAGCAGUUAUAACCUUUAGCAAACAGUUAUAACCUUUAGCAAGCAGUUAUAACCUUUAGCAAGCAGUUGCUUAUCAACAGAUGGUAUAUCAACAGGUAGUUUGUUGAUAGUAUGACCAUCUGUGGAGCGUCCAAGUAAUGUUCACAACUCUACGUUCCGAUCACUGGCAUGCAGACUACUUUUUUCAUAUUCAUUUUUCUGUCCUUCAUCUGAACUAGUACGAGUUAUACUUGUUAUUGGACAUGUGUGUUAUUAUUUUUGCUCUAUGAGAGAGAGAGAGAACCUGCAUGGGCUUUUUUGGUUGUUGUUGUUUUAAGAAACAAUAAAAUACUUCCACUACCAUGUCACAAAAAAAUUCCAAUAAUAUAUAUUAACAUUAUUUACAUUGUGUGUGUGUGGUGUGUGUGUACAAUCUUGACAAUAUUUACAAAUAAAUAAUUUACAAA